GGCAGUUUCUGUUGACACCGGAAGUGCCUCUCCGAUCUCCCGCUGCCACGAUCUGAGCUCGCCCUGACUGAUCCGCUGUGACAGCCGCGCUGCUUCCGUAGUUUCCACGGCAACUGCGCUUCUCGUCUCAAACAAAACGACACAGCUUCGUUGCUGUUCGCUGUGAAACUUCGUAGAAAUUGCCUAUCCUGCCCGUAUUUCAAAAUUCUUCAUCCAGCAGAGAGACCGACAGAUGGACGGACAGCUGUAGUCAGUGCUGCGGGCUGAACGCUCGGCUGAAGCUGAAAAGGAUCCUUUCUGAAGGUGUGUCUGUGAGCAGCCACCAUGGUACAGCUGAACAUAGAUCUGAUCGCUAAAUCCAGAAACCACUUCAAGAAGAAAAGGGGCCUCUCCUUCCCCGACUACCUCAAGACACUUACGCACCUUCACUUCUCCAGCAAGAACAUCGAAGACAUUGGUGAUGUCUCCAUGUGCAGAAACCUCACUGUUCUGUACCUGUACGACAAUCAGAUCACAGACAUCUGCAACCUCGGCUUUGCCUCCAACCUCACCCAUCUGUAUAUGCAGAACAACAACAUUGCUCAUAUAGACAAUCUCUCGAAUCUGCAGAUGCUCUCCAAACUGUAUCUUGGUGGAAACAGGAUCGCAGUGGUGGAGGGCUUAGAGCAGCUCCGGGAGCUCAAGGAGCUUCAUCUGGAGAACCAGAAGCUGGCACCAGGGGAGAAGCUGCUCUUUGACCCCAGGACUCUCCUCUCACUCGCUGAAUCUCUUUGUGUCCUGAACAUCAGUAACAACAACAUUGAUGAUAUCAGGGACCUGGCGGUGCUGAGGGAAAUCCAGAAUUUUUCUGCUGCUGACAAUGAAUUACACAACCUGGCGGAGUUGGAGGAUGUGUUGGGCUUCUGGCCUCAGCUGCUUCAAAUGGAUCUGAGAGGAAAUCCUGCGAGUAAAAAACCAAAGUACAGAGAUCGUCUAAUUACCACAUGCGAAAGACUCGGGGUUCUUGAUGGAAGGGAAAUUAAUGAGUUCACCAGACAGUUCCUCAUUAACUGGAAAACAUCCAAAGAGGCCAAGAAGAAAAAAAACAACACUCUCAUGCUGCCUGGGCCGUUGAGCCCCGAUCCCUUUACAAAUGACUUUAACAUGGCUCAGCGUCCACAUCCCGGUCACAUCUACAGCCAAACCAGGCAGAGGUGGAAGCCACAGCAGUCGCUCAGCUCCACUGUCAUCGCUCACACAGAUCUCAGCUGUGAGUACACGUUUCUUUCUAGACUGACUCCGUUUAAUUAUUUACUUUUGUAGAUGUUAAAUUUCCCUGAUGUUACACCAACCACACACAUUCAGCUUUUCUAUAGAAUUCACAAUGACCAAUAGAUUUGAUCUCCCCAAACACUCUAAUCCAUCUUAUUUCUCCCCAGAAUUAAAUGUUUUUUAUGGUAUCUGUUAUUUCACGUUUUCAACAUUUUCUUGAUCAGCAUUUUUUUAUGUAAUGGGAAUGUCAUAAAAAAUUAUCUCUAUUAGGACAUUUAACCCAAAAUUCUGGAGAUUUCAAUGAACGUUGAGCCGUAAUCUGCUUCCU